AUGGCGUCCACGACGAUACAGCCGCAGCCUGACACCUCGGACCUUGACACCGUGUCGCUAACUGGGAAUGAUCUCGGCUUCGGUGAUAUCGGCAUCGCCGCGGCUAAGAGUAAGCUGGAUAGGGGCGAACUGAUAAACGACUUGGUAUUUAGGGUCAUGCAUAACGUACUGGAAAAGUUAAAAAAGCCCUCCCAGCACAAACGUUUCAUUGUCUACUGGACCGGUUACCUAACAUUCUUUGCCGUGGAGGACAGCACAUGUGAUAAAUGCUGGUUCCACGAAUGGUGGUAUGCUGGCGACUACCUCACAACACUGCUACGGAAUCGACUCAACGAGCUCUCCUACCAGGUAAACAGCCAGCUCAGCUUUGCCAUCCGAAAGUACAACGCUGGGCGUCCCUAUCCUGCCGUAGUCUGGAUCUCGCCAGACGACGCCGACUACAUCUAUAAAGGGCAUCGCUUUUGCGACAAGGGCGUUGCUGAGCCGCUCAAGGGCAAGGAUCAAAACGCGGUAGCUUUCUUCUACCACAAGGGGGACGAUGACGUUCCUGAGCCUCCCUUUCGCCUACCUGACCAGAAGGAUGGCGCGCCAACUUCUUGGCAACUGCAACUAUACAAGAGCGAUACAUGCAACGACAACGUGACACUCUUCGAAGGGGACUGGGGCUCUGAGAUGAUUUGCGAUAUCUCCAAGGGUAUCGCCAAUGGCACCAUCAGCGUCGACGAAUUCAAUACUGCCGAGGGUCCGAGCGCUGUCGCCUACUCCGAUGGGAAAGGAGACUUUACCGUGAUAGAUCUUGACGUGAAAUAUGCCAAGAUGUUUCAUCCGAAGACGCGAGCCAACUGGCAUGUUGCGCAGGCUGUGUUUCAAGCACUGAGGUUAAAUUAA